AUGCUUCGGAUCCGAUCGGAUCCGAGACCGUCGGAAUCCAAUGCGAUUCCGUCACCAGGAUUUCAUCGGAUCCGUCGAAUUUCUGUAGGAUCUGAUAAAAUCCUAUAUUGGAUCCGAUGGGAUCCGAAAGACAAUAACGAAGACCAAGCUGAACAUUUGGCGCGUGAACUGAUGAACAGUGAUCGACCGAUUCUGGAAUUGAGUCAAAUUCAAGCACUUGUACAAAUGCAUGAUAAUUUGCGACCUAGAUUAUAUUCGAUAACUGAUACUAAUCCUCUGGCACAAAGAAUCAACGAUGGAUCAGAAGCUAAUAUUAAUACUAUGUUGUGUUGUGUCGAAAACACAGCAAGUAUGGUUAGAAUAGGCCGCGCUCUUCACAACGAACCACUGUCACACGAAGCUCGUGAAGUAUUGAAUACAGAAGGAGGGAAUUUAAUACGAAAUAAUAUAAGAAUUCUUUCAACAGCUGCAAACGAAAUUCGAGAAAACACACGCACACUUCAGACGGCUAUAUUAGAAAAUGAAAGAACAGCAAAUGAUUCACGAACCACUGAAUUAAUACAACAACAAAUUCAAAUUACCACAAAUAUCUCACAUGAUCCUCGACAGGCAAAUCAACAAAUACGUGAACUAUUACCAAUCAGCGAGAGACUACAAAAUCGGAUCCAAGAAUUAGAACCGAAUGAGAACGAUCCUGUGCGAAGAGUAGCACAAGCCAAUGUUCAAUAUAUAAAAUACGCCGCUGGUGUCUUCCUCUUAGGCGCAGCUGCUUUUUCUAUGUGCGCUGGAGUUGCGUACUUAGCUCCAAUUGUUGCCACUGCAUUAGAAGGCGUAACUGUGAGUCUUAGUGGUGGGGCUGUCGCCGCAGCGCAACUGGGUAUUGUUACUGCUGUUGCAGCUAAAAAAAGAUAA